AUGUAUCGGACUCUCUUGGUUGUCCUGGUGACGGUUUCCCUGGCGACAGUUUAUGGCCAGUUACCUGAAAUCGUUGGUGAGAUUAUUCCAGAAGUGAAACCUAUUGGGAGUACUGGAUAUCUGAACUGUACUGUGGUGAAUCAACAAGAAUCUCAGAAGGUGUGCUGGCAAAAAGGAAAGAUGACUGGAAUCGAUCCGUUUGAUAUCAGCGAGGACGAUCGAGUCAUUGUGGCUAACAACAUCGCCCAGGGGGAGCGGGAGGACUCGGGGCAGCCAAAGUACGAGAUCAUUGUGACUACAAUUGGACUACGGAUACGAUACACACUAAUUGUGCGUGCCCUGUCAGACGAGGACUCCGGCUUUUACACAUGCUACAUUCGCCAACAGAAUCAAAAUUGGCAGACUUGGCCAAGCAAGCUCGGAGAACUUAUGGUUCAAGUGGCUCCGGUUAUGUCCACGACCAUGGAGAGUGUUUAUGAGAGGGCAGUUGGUGGAAACAUCACACUCAAAUGCAUCACAUCCGGAAACCCUACACCAAACAUCACAUGGAAGAGAGAAGAUGGAAGUCAACUCCCUAAUGGCAAUUUCCAAUCAAGGGGGGCAGAUCUAACUUUGAUCAGCCUCACCAAGAAAGACCGCGGGAAUUACAUUUGUGUUGCCGACAAUUCUGUACGACCACCAGCAAGAUUCACCGUCGAGGUGAAAAUAUUCUAUUCUCCAACCUGUCGUGCUGUACAGAACACAGUGGGGCAGGCUCAGAAUCGACGAUUUAAUGCAAAGCUGGAGUGUAUUGUGGAAGGUUACCCUGCUCCCAGCAUGCACUGGGAGAAGCUGCAGAAUGGUGAACGGUAUCAGAUAAGCGACGGGGAUGACUACAGUACGGAGAAACUUUCGUCUAGUCAGAACCUGAUAUCAGACAUGUGGUAUGUCCUGACCGUGAAGAACGUGCAGGCCAAUGACUAUACAGAGUACUACUGUGUCGCAACCAAUAAAUAUGGCACCAACCAAACCACAUUCAGACUCUUUGAAACUAUGGAAUGUCAAGGGCCCAACUGUCAAUCAAUCAAGACGGGCGGGUCCCAAGCUUUGUGUGCCUGUACCCUGACCUUCCUCUCAACACUUAUAUCUGUUCUAGUACUCCGCUUCCUUAAUUACUGA